GGAAAAUUGAAACCCGCAUCACAACGGUCGAAUUUCACGUGAUCAGAAGGAAUCCAAACGCUCUGCUGUUUGCACACAUUGUCACAGAGGAAGAGAAAGGAGAGAGAGAGAUGGGGAAACGGAAGGGGAGAGAGCAGAAGAAAGUUUCUGGAGGAGGAGGAGGAAGAGGAAGAUGUGAGGGAAAAGAAGUGAAAUUGGGUGAACAAGUUGAAGCAGGAGCUGGAGCAGAAAGCAGAUUCUUCGCCUGCUAUUUGCUAACGUCUAUGUGCCCCAGGUUCAAGGGUCACACUUACAUCGGAUUUACAGUGAAUCCUCGCCGUAGAAUACGACAACACAAUGGAGAAGUGAGGAUGGGUGCUUUCAGGACAAAGAAGAAGCGUCCUUGGGAGAUGGUUUUAUGCAUUUAUGGCUUUCCCACAAACGUAUCUGCCCUCCAGUUUGAGUGGGCAUGGCAGCAUCCAGUAGAAUCCCGUGCAGUUAGACAGGCAGCAGCAUCGUUCAAAUCUCUUGGAGGAGUUGCUAACAAGAUUAAAUUGGCAUAUACAAUGCUUACUCUCCCUGAGUGGCAAAGCCUAAAUCUCACCGUAAAUUUCUUCUCCACAAAAUACAAGAUGCAUUCAGCUGGUUGCCCUAAUAUUCCAGAGCACAUGAGAGUCCAAGUUUGUGCGCUGGACGAACUUCCCUGUUAUACAGGAAUUGACAAGAAUGAGUAUACAACCAAUGAUUGGGACAACAGUGAAGAUUAUUUGGGGAGCAGUGAAAAGUUAACAGACGAAGGAUCUGCAGGAUCCACAACUUCUGAUAGUUCUGCUAGUAGCGCUGUAGAAAAUAUCGAUGAACAUUUUGAUUGGAGAGAAGAACUUUACGAACAUGCUGAAGAAUAUAGCACAACCCAUAGAGAGGAUCCCGAGCAGACAUAUAUUAUCAUUGACUCGCCGGUGAAUGCGCCAUCCUCAAUUCAAAGUGGUUGCUAUGGCAUAACAGACAACUCAAGGGACAUAUUCGAAUUGGACGAAGAAUUUGGUGGUAAAGUUUGUCAGCAGAGCAUGAAUGCUGGUUUGUCAAGUGAAGUUGAGGUUAUCGAUGUUUUUACUCCUCCAUGCUACAAGAAGGUCCAUUACGAGAACUGCAAAGCUUGGCACUAACGACAAAAUCCUCAAGGCAUUGAUCUGCAUAUCUGUGCAAAUACCUCUCAGAAAUCGCUGUUGAGAGUGGAGGCUGCAAGGAAGAUUUCUGCCACAAUUUUUCAAUGGAUGGGUGGGUCGAGGAGGAAAGCCGAUACUGGACAAAUGGCAUUGAACGUGAAUUGGAUAGCAUGAUGGUGGCCGUAGAACUACCUUUUUGUACGAGUCCUUUAAGCAGAUCCUCUUGCUCCAGGGGAACAGCAGAUUUACGUGGCAGCGCGGAACAUGAGUUACUAGAUACCAAAUGGUUCUCCUCUAGUGAUAACAAUUUCACUGAUCUGUACACUUUUGAGAAUGAAGAAAUCUUCGGCAAAAGCAAGGAGAGUUCAAACACAAUUUGGAAUGGUAGGGGUCCUUAAUGUCUUCUCCUCAUCUUUUCUGGCGUCUAUGUUAACAUCUCCAAAGUGGAGUUGAGUAUCUUUCUUAUUAGGGUAGCUCGCUCUUCAUUUUUACUGGAAAAAGUGUGUAAUUAAACUUUGAAAUUCCUUAGUGGCGCUUGCUUUGAAGUUUGCAAACUCAGUUUUAGGAAAAAAAUCUCCUUGAACUAUUGGACAAAAAAAAUUCCAAGAAUUUUGCAAGCUAAAAUGAAAAUCACAUUAAUAACAUGGUAACUUGUCCAGACGUUCAUACAUAUAUCUUUCGAAAACUUGAAUUUCCGGCAUUAUAUUUGACAGUUCACGAAUACUAAUAACGUUUCUGCCAAAUUGACCCAAAAACUGAAGUUUCUGGCCGGUGCAAGGGUUUGUCUUCAGGAAAGGAGAAGUCAUUGGAUGGAUCAGGUUCUGUCAAUAAGUGUAGUGACUGUGAGGAAUCAGAAGAAAAAACUCCAGAAGUGGACAGGACAAGAUUGUUUAACUAUUCUGCACGUCCAGAAGAAACAUCUUCAUCUGUAGAGAUAUCUACUGUAUUGAAGGGGGAUCAGGACAGUUCAGAUAAGUACGUAUCUUAUAGAGUUUUGCCGAAGUCCUAAGUAAGUACAUAUCUUAUCGCAUUCUAACUUCUAUUAGCGACUCUUACAUGCCAUUUUAAGUAAAAUACAAAAAAAUAGCCGAAGCGUAUCGAUAUCAAAGAUAAACUGAGAUAAUUGGGACGGUUUCGAAAAGUCUUAUUUUGAUUAUGCAAAAGUGAACAACCGAAAAAUUUGUAUGGUACAUAUUUUAUAAAAUAACUGGCCGAACCGAACAAUUGACACCCCGAACUAUAUUCAAGCACCAUAAGCCAAACU